CCUAACUCCAGGAAUUUGUGGCUGAGAGGGCAAACCGCCGCGGCUCUCCCGGCGUCCCGAUGCUCGCACCAUGUCGAGGCGCAAGCAGGCGAAACCCCAACACAUCAAUUCGGAGGAGGACCUGGAGGAGCAGCAGCCGACCCCGGAGCUGGCGGCGGCGGCCCCAGACGCGCCGACGGCGGGGGAGCCGGGUGCUGUAAUGAGCCACCCAGCACCCCAGGACGAGGUGGUGACGGGCAAAGAGCCGGUGGGCAAGCGGCUUCGGCGCGAAGACACCCACGUCUGCAAGAAAUGCUGCGCGGAGUUCUUCAGCUUCUCCGAGUUCAUCGACCACAAGAGGAAUUGCACGAAGCACCCGCCUGUGCUCAUCAUGCAUGACAGUGAGGGGGCGCUGCCUGCCGAAGACUUCCCCGGAGCGACGCUGAGCCACCAGCCCCAAAGUCCGAGCUGUACUGACGGUCCCGUGGAGAGCAGUGGCAGCUCAGGGGACCCGAAAGAGAGGCCCACCUCGGAGUCGGUGGUGUACUUAAAGACAGAGACGGCCCUGCCGCCCACGCCGCUGGAUGUCAGCUAUCUCCCCAAAGGCAAAGUCUCCAACACUAACGUGACUUUACAAGCACUACGGGGCACCAAGGUGGCGGUGAACCAGCGGAGCGCCGAUGCCCUGCCCGCCCCCCUGCCCGGCGCCAACAGCAUCCCCUGGGUCCUGGAGCAGAUCCUGUGUCUGCAGCAGCAGCAGCUGCAGCAGAUCCAGCUCACGGAGCAGAUCCGCAUCCAGGUGAACAUGUGGGCUUCCCAUGCCCUCCACUCAGGGGUGGCGGGUGCUGACGCCCUGAAGACCUUGGGCAGUCACGUGUCCCAGCAGGUGUCGGCCGCCGUGGCUCUGCUCAGCCAGAAAGUUGGGGGCCAGGCUCUGUCUCUGGAUGCCUUGAAACAAGCCAAGCUACCUCAUGCCAACCUCCCUUCCACGGCCAGCCCCGUGUCCCAGGGACUCACGUCCUUCGCCCUGAAGCCCGAUGGGACGAGGGUGCCCCCCAACGUCAUGUCCCGCCUCCCGGGCGCUCUGCUACCUCAGGCUCCAGGCUCUGUGCUCUUCCAGAGCCCUUUCUCCACGAUGGUGUUGGACCCGUCCAAGAAAGGGAAAGGGAAGCCCCCCAACGUCUCCGCAGUGGAUGUCAAAGCUAAAGAGGAGGCCGCCCUCUACAAACACAAGUGUCGGAGCAGCCUCCCCACAUUUGUCCGGAACCAGCCCGCCUAUGUCAAGGUGGAGGUCCCUGGAGCCUUCGCCGGAGGCUCCUCAGUCCUGUCCCCCGGCAUGGUCCCUUUGCUGGCCGCCCAGCCCCGGCGACAGGCCAAGCAGCACGGCUGCGUGCGCUGCGGGAAGAACUUCUCCUCGGCGAGCGCACUUCAGAUCCACGAGCGCACGCACACCGGAGAGAAGCCCUUCGUGUGCAACAUUUGUGGGCGCGCCUUCACCACCCAGGGCAACCUGAAGGUUCACUACAUGACCCACGGGGCGAACAAUAACUCGGCCCGCCGAGGGAGGAAGCUGGCCAUCGAGAACACCAUGGCUCUGCUAGGCUCAGAUGGGAAGAGAGCCUCCGAGGUGUUGCCCAAGGAGAUCCGGGCGCCAGCGGUGAACGUGGACCCUGCGGUGUGGAGCCAGUACACUGCCAUGCUCAACGGCGGGCUGUCCCUGAAGACCAACGAGAUCUCUGUGAUCCAGAGCGGAGGGAUCCCUCCGGUGCCCGUGCCCCUGGGGGCCAGCUCCGGUGGGAGUAACUCGGGCGCCUCCCAGGUGGAUGGCUCCCAGGCUGCACACCUGAGUUCGGAUGUGCAGAAACCCACUACUACUGACGGUGUCCCUAAACACCAGUUCCCUCACUUCCUGGAAGAAAACAAGAUUGCAGUCAGCUAA